AUGUACAUGAUUAGAGAUGAAUUUGCUCCAUUUCCAUCGGAGGGAUUUGCUGCCGUUCAUAUUAAAGGACAUAAGGAUCCGAAUAGAUUUUAUGUUCAUGGAGGAAAGACUAGAUUUAAUCAAUUUCAAAAUCCAUUGCAUUUAUAUUAUGUUGAAAAAUUGGACUGGAAAUUUGUAAAAUUACAAUUGGCAAAGGAAGAAGAUCCUAAUAUUAUUGCGGAAUUUGAACAAAGACCAAGAGCCCAUCACACAGUGAAUCAAAUUUAUGAAAAUAGAUUACUAUUGUAUGGCGGACAAAUUGGUUAUAAUCCAUCAAGUGUCGGUACUAAUUUAAAUAAUUUCUUCAAAGGAUUGUCUGGAAAAAGUACAUCAGAUGUUAAUACUCAAUAUGAUCCAUAUAUUUAUGAUAUUGAUUUAUCUCAAAAUACAAUUCAAAGAAUCAGAACACCUCUCGAUUUACCAAUACCAAAACCAAGAAGAUAUCAUUCUGCUUGUUCUUUCAAAGGAAACUUAUAUGUUUAUGGAGGUGAAGGUUUUAAUUAUUCAAUUAAUCAACAACCAAAAGGAUUAGGAUAUUAUUUAUCACUCCAAAAUUUGAAAAGAGCAAUUCCUGAACCUCUCAAUGAUUUUUGGAUGUUUGAUACCAAAUUAAAUGUAUGGAAACAACUCAAAUCACCUGCAAGACCAGGUAGAUAUGGUCACAUGAUGGUUUUAUGUGAAAAGAGAGAAAAAUUCUAUGUAGUUGGUGGAUGUGGAACAAGUGAACGAGGUGAAGAUGUUCCAUUUAAGGAAAUUUUGGAAUAUGAUAUUGCCAGUGGUAAUUGGCAAAUAUCAGGACUAAUUCCUAGAAGAUCUGACAUGAUGGAUCUUAUUCCAGCUAGAUGGGGCUCGGCAGAUAUUUUUGAUGAUUUUAUUUUCAUAGUUGGAGGUGAAUUAUUGGAUAGACCUAGAUCUCUGCUAACUAUGAGAGAACCAAUUUUGGAUGAUGUACUUAUAUAUAAUAUUAGAAAUUAUAACCUUUCUACUGCAGGUAUUGGAUCACCUGAAUGUACAAUAGUUAAUGCUCAAACAUUAAUUUUCAACAAUAGAUUAAUAGUUCUUGGAGGAAGAUCUGGAUCGUCUUAUGCUUAUUCAUCAAUGAUUUACUUGAAUGGUACCACUUCAAAUCCAAUGUUUGGAGUUGAAAUUGAUGAAAGAAGUAGACAUAUGAUCGAUAUUUGUGUGAGUUAUCUUAAAAAGAGUGCUGCUUUAGAGUUUCCAAAAUUAUUUUCCACAAAUUACGACAUGCAAGAUACAUUAAUGCUUAGAUUAAUGCUCAAUUUUGAUCAUGGACAUAUUCAUGAUGAGCAAGAUUUAUUGUCAGACCACGAUACAUCACCUUAUUCAGUAGCAUCUUUAAUAUGCUACUUUUUGGAAUCACUUCCAGAACCAAUUUUAACAUCUCAAUAUUACAGAAAGAUGAUUGACCUCUGUAAUGCAACCAAUUUAACAUUUGAAGAAAAAAUAGUUGCCCUCAAAGAAUUUAUCAAAACACUUCCAAAAGAUAAUGUUCACAUAUUGUAUAGAGUUUGUGAAUUUUUGUGUAUGGUUAGUGAUGCUUAUACCACUACAGAACAAAAUAUUAAGGACUUGUCAAUGAUUUUCUCUCAUUUAUUACUUUCCACUAAAAUUCCAAGUCAAAGAAGUGUAAAAGAUGAUUGUGGUGAUAAAGAAGGUAUUACUCCAAAAUUCAAAGCCGCUGCAUUCAUUAUCCAAAAUUACAAACUAUUAACUGAAGAGAUUAUUCAAGUUGAUAGUCAAGAUCUAUUUAACACUUCUGAUUCUUCAAUCAAUCAAAUCGAUGACAAUGAAUCCAAUCCCACCAAAACUCAACCAGCCAACCAAGAUCUCUUGGAUUUCUCCAUGUAA